AUGCAGCCGGCGGCGGUGCGGCGGCGGGACGUGCACCCCGGUCCCAGGGGUGGCUGGGGGGCUGCAAGGAGGCCCCGGCACAGCGGGAGAGCCUGCUCGGGAGGUGGCGAGGAUGCUGCGGGGCUGAUUAUUCACAGCUUCCCUCGCCCCGAUUGGCUCCGGCGCCGAGCGCAGCCGGGCCCCGCUGCAGGAGGAGACUCCGUGGCCAUAAAAGCGGGGUGGGAGCUGGAGGGCGGCGAGUCCGGCGGGCACCCUGGGCGUCGCCGCGGGGCCACCAGCUAGCGGGGCCUUGCCACCGCCACCGCCGCCGAUGACCGGCUCAGCCUGACGCCCGCAGAGGGACACCCACCACCCACCACCCAUCCUGACUCGGUGAAGCGGGUUCUCAGCGGGACGGGGAGCAGCGGCAGGCAGCGGCUGCGGGGUGAGAUGGCGCGGCGAGUGCUGGCACUAGUGCUCUGCCUUUCCCUGGCCGCGGCGGCAUCCGCCGACUGCGUGACCCAGUGCUCCCUCUGCGAGGCCCGGACCCGCGGCACUGAGAGCAGCGUCCGGCCCCUGAUGUGCCUGCGGGAAUGCCAGGGCUCCUCACCGCCCGGCCCCGAGUGGGAGACGUGCAGGAAGGCGCUGGCACUCCUGGCCCCGCUGGUGGCCCUGGCCGAAGGGACAGACCCGUCCCCUCAGGAGGCAGAGGAGGACGAGGCAGAGCCGGAGCAGGAGCUGGGUCCCGGCGAGCUGCCGCCGGCACCGGCCAAGCGCUACGGGGGCUUCAUGAAGAAGAUGGCCAAAGGGAAGCUGCUCUCCCUGCUGCGCGAGAAUGCCCACAGCAAGGGCGGCCUCAGCAAGAAGUUCGGGGGCUUCGGCCGCAAGCCAGGGGAGCGGGCGGCCCCCGAGGACUACCCAGGGCCGGGGCCAGCAGGCGAUGGGGGCGAGGAGCCCACGGGUGCCGGGGCCGAGGGGCAGGAGCUGGCGGAGCUGCACAAGCGUUACGGUGGCUUCAUGCGCCGGAUCCGGCCCAAGCUCAAGUGGGACAAUCAGAAGCGCUACGGGGGCUUCCUGCGGCGGCAGUUCAAGGUGACCACGCGGUCGGACGAGGACCCCAGCGCCUACUCAGCGGAGGUCUCGGACCUAUAG